CUUCACCUCGGCACUAAUGCAGGUGUAAUCCAACUUCAAUGCGCCAGCGUUUCCGCCUCAACUUGCUGGAGAGAAGCAUCUGAACAAUCAGCCGAGUCGCGGUGACACGGGUGAGUAAUGAGAAGAUGGCAUUCGCCAGUCAAUCUGCGUCGUCUGAACAUGCCGGUUGUAUCCCGACCCCUGGUCCAUCACACGCAGACGUUUCCCACUCUCUGACUCUCCGCUCUCUCUCUCUCUCUCUCUCUCUCUCUUUCGCGCCCGGAUAUCGGCAUAGCAUGGCAGUGUCUGAUUGCAAAGCUGUGCAACUCGGAUCUUGUCGACCAAUGAGCGUCUGGGAAACGCCCUCCGCAGUCUAGAUCGACGCUCCAGGUUAACCUUAGCCCGGUACUUAUGUGAAGCUCGCGAUGCCCGAACAAGCAGGAGGGCCAACACGAUGGGGUCGCUGUCUGCAAAAUGCUGCAUCACCAACCCAGCCUCCAAGGCCUGCUUCCCGCGCCUCGCCUGUCUUGCCGUGCCAACACACAGCCUAUCCCACUCCCUUUACCGCCUCCAUGGAACAUACAUCGAUCAUGGAAGUGGACUAAUGCGCGCCGGUCUUGGCCACACGUGGGCCGGAAGGGACCUCGAGUCUCCAGAAUGCUACAUAUAACCCGCUUCGCUCCCUUACCGUGACAUUCUCCUCCUCUCUUCCCGCUCGCCAAGGACACAUCUCCCGCCCUUCAUAUCCAUCUUCCUUGCCCUCCUCCUCCUCACCUCGUCUCUCACUCUUGUCACAAAGUAGCAAUCCCACAGCACAAAAAGCCAUGGCUCGCCUUACCCCCCUCACCCUCCUGGCAGCCGCCGCCCUGCCCAAGGCCGCUCUCGCCUGGGGCUCCAUGGGCCACGCGACAAUCGCCUACAUCGCCACCAACUUCGUCGCCCCCGAGACCAAGACCUACUUCCAGCAGCUCCUGGCCGACACCACGGACGACUACCUCGCCAACGUCGCCAGCUGGGCCGACUCGUACCGCUACACCACCGAGGGCGCCUUCACCUCCACCUUCCACUACAUCGACGCCCUCGACGACCCCCCGCACUCGUGCGGCAUCGACCUCGACCGCGACUGCGGCCCCACGGGCUGCAUCGUCUCCGCCCACGCAAACUACACCAACCGCCUGCUCCAGCAGCCCGCCCUCUCCCUCGAGCAGCGCCAGAUCGCCGCCAAGAUGGUCAUCCACUUCACCGGCGACAUCGGCCAGCCCCUGCACUGCGAGAACCUCGAGCUCGGCGGCAACGGCAUCGCCGUCGAGUUCAACGGGUCCAGCACGAACCUGCACGCCGCGUGGGACACCAACAUCCCGCAGUCCAUCACCGGCACGGGCAGCAGCGUGCUGGCCGUCGCCAAGUCGUGGGCCUCGAAGCUCAGCACCGAGAUCAGCUCGGGCGACUUCAAGACGGCGUCAAAGUGCUGGAUCGGCGGGCUGAGCCUCGAGGACCCCGAGUCCCAGGCGCUCGCGUGGGCGACGGAGAGUAACAAGUUUGUGUGCUCUGUCGUUCUGCCGGAUGGUCGUGAGGCUGUGGAGGGUAAGGAUAUUAGUGGCGCGUAUACGACCAAUGCGCAGCCUACUGUUAGUAUGCAGGUUGCCAAGCAGGGUUACAGACUUGCAAAGUGGCUGGAUGCAAUUGUUGCUCAGCUUGCUUGAAGCAGCACGGUCGGGAUGAGAUGAGGUGCUUUUGGAUAUACCAAGGGCAUGACAAAAGCCAAUGAAAUUUGAGAUGAUGAAUGAUGAUGUAGCGGG